UUUAUGCUGACGCGUCCCUCUUCUCGCCGUACACCGACGUGUCAGUGUUCUUGUGUCCAGAGCUGAGCAGCGUUCACGCCGGUCAUUCAGCAGACAUGGCUCCCAAAGGCAGCAACAAGCAGCAGUCAGAAGAAGACCUUCUCCUCCAGGACUUCAGCAGGAACCUCUCAGCGAAGUCCACCGCUCUUUUCUACGGAAAUGCCCUGAUCGUCUCUGCCAUCCCGAUCUGGCUGUUUUGGAGGAUCUGGCACAUGGACCUUGUCCAGUCAGCAGUUCUGUACGCUGUGAUGACUCUGGUCAGCACCUACCUGGUGGCCUUCGCCUACAAGAAUGUCAAAUUUGUUCUCAAACACAAGGUUGCCCAGAAACGUGAGGACGCCGUUUCUAAGGAGGUAACCAGGAAGUUAUCUGAGGCAGACAACCGCAAGAUGUCCCGCAAGGAGAAAGAUGAGAGGAUCCUGUGGAAGAAGAAUGAGGUUGCAGACUACGAGGCUACGACCUUCUCCAUCUUCUAUAACAACACCCUCUUCCUUGUCCUCGUCAUCAUCGCUUCCUUCUUCCUGCUCAAGAACUUCAACCCAACCGUGAACUACAUCCUGUCCAUCAGUGCCUCCUCAGGACUCAUCGCUCUGCUGUCGACAGGCUCCAAGUAAAGGAGGAAGAGCUGUGGGUGAUUAAGGGUGGGAGGGAGGUGAGGGAGAGGGUCAAAGGUUGAGCAUGCUACGAUGUUUUUUUUUUUUUCACACAGGGGAGGAAAAGGGUUAAAGGGGGUUAAAAUACUACAUUUCAGCUUCAUGAAAUUCAUGAUCAAAUCUCUGGAGAGGCUGUGUCUUCUGUUUUUGUAACAAAUAAAGCAAACAUAUACUUG